GCAUAGCCAUCCCAGCUGCUCAGGACAAGACUGUGUCUGGCCACAACACACUCCAAGAGCAAGGGUUCAUGGGUUUGAUGAAUGCCCAAUACUUUGCACCCCAAGAAUCACUGUACACUUCAAGCAGCUGUUUGUAGUUUGACUACUUUUAACAGCAGAGUAAACUGAAUUUACGAGUACUAUAGUUUGGCACUGCACCAUGGUUUAAUAAACAAAAUGGGAAAUAUGUGUUGUAUGGAAUCCAGUAUACAAAGAAAAUGCAAAUUUAUAUCGCAAAAUGAACGUGAAGCUUUAUUAGAAUCUGCAAAGUCUUCAAAGGUGACUGACGUUUGUGAGAAAGGCAGAGAUCUGCAAAUCAAAAUGGAAAAUGAAGGAGUUAGUGUUGAGGAUUCUGCUCACGAAAAGAGUUUCUUCCAGCAGAUUUCAACUGAGGAUACAGUUGUUGUGGGAUCUAAAAGGAAUGAGUUUCUCACAGUUGUCCACCAGGAAGAAAGUGAUCGUCAGCAAACUCUUUGCACCGAACAGGAAACUGUCAUAGCUUCUGAACUCGCAUUGGGACCACCUCAGGUAGAACAGGCUGAUUUACAGGAUAAUCCAAAGAGUUUAGCAUUUGAGAAUCGAGCUGAUUUGGAAAGUGAAAAGGGAGGCUUUCUUACUAACACACAGCAGGUAGUCAUUGAAAGUGGCUUUCAGGAACCUGCUUACACACUCCGGCAGACAAGUGUGGUCUGCAAACCAGCGACUGUUUUGGAGAGAAAUGUAUCUAUAGAAGAUCAGAACACUGCUUUCCAUAUGUUAAAAGAUAAUGGCUGCAAUGUCUUCGGAAAAUCGGAACUGGGGGAGCAAUGCACAUACAUGUCUGUGCAACAAGUUGUAAAGAAUGAUGUAAGCCCUGGGCCAUUGAAUUCAAUGCUGCAUGAAGAAGAUGAGAGCCAUCAGCUACCAGAACCUGCUGGUGUAACGUGCCAUUCUGUUUUGAAACCUUCUGUGAUGACUACAAAAAGAGUAAGACUGUCUGAAAACUGUGACCACAGAGAUAGUCAGGCAGACUGUGAUCAUUUGGCUGAAGGGGCAAAAGACCUGAUGCAAAUGGUUGACUUGCACGGGGAUGAAAGUGAAGCCACAAAUUUAGAAAACAAACAAUCUGAUCCUGGAAUGGAAGUGGCUUUUUGUGAUCAGCAAAGUGAGGACCAAUUUCCUACAGACGAGAAAGCAGCUGAGGAUUUCUGUGACAAAAGCAAAUUCCAAGACAGGGUUUUUGAUGCAAGAAAUGAAAAAACAGCGCCUGAACCUGAAGAUAUGGACAAUGGAUCUGUUGUUGAAGACGAAGAUUUGUAUCGUGACGAAAAUGAGAUAGAAGAAGAAAAAUCUAAGAUCAUUCUUGCUCAUGAAAAUCAGAUCACUGCAGCAGCAAGAGACCCAUCCAGCCUUGAACCUAGUGUUGUCAUUUUGGAAUAUUGUGCAAGAGAAUGGAAAAGCAGUACAACAAAAGCACAGCUAAUGAAAAAGGCAUACAACACUGUUCAUGAAACUUUCAGCUCUGUGAGAAGAGUCCGGGGUGAUAAUUACUGCGCCCUGAGAGCCACCCUGUUCCAAGCAUUGAGUAAUAUUGAACUUCCUAAAUGGAUACAAAAGGAUACAUUCCUCCAGUUUCCAGAAAAGCUGAUCACUGAAAAUUAUAGCUGGAUCAAACAGUGGAAUUUUGGAGCUCAAAUCUACGGGAAUGAAGAUCCCGUGGAAAAACUAAAGGAAUAUUUGAUUCUGCUAAAGUGCAAGUGGACAGAUGUAUGUGGAAUGGCUUCUCUGGAGGAACGACAGUCUGCUUGCGAAAAGAUCUUCAGUGGUGAAAUUGAAGAAUACAGUUUGUUUGAGGCGCUAAAGUUUUUGAUGUUGGUUAAGGCCAUUGAACUUGACCGUGAUAAGCUACAAGAAAAGGAAGUUCCCCUUUUCUGCUGGUUGCUGUUUGCUCGGGAUACCUCCGAUAACCCUUACCUGUUCAUGAAAAAUCACUUGAACCAUGUUGGCUACACUGGGGGACUAGAUCAGGUCGAAAUGUUUCUUCUGGGUUACACAAUGCAGCUGACGAUCAGAGUGUUCAGGUUGUACAAAUUUGGAACUGAUGAAUUCAUCACCUUCUACCCCGAUGACCAUCAAGAGGACUGGCCUGUGAUUACUCUUAUAACUGAGGAUGACAGGCAUUACAAUGUACUUGUGGGAGAGUCUGAAGUAUCUGAGUUGUAAGAAGUGAUCUCUUAAUAACUAUAAGAUUAUUAUAAGAUGUGAAUCAUCUCUUAAGAUAAAACUUGAUCUUGAAAUAAUUUUUUAGUUCAGAAUUUUUUCUGUAAAUAUGAAGGGGGUGAGGGUGCUUUUGAACACAAGCCGACAAACAAGGAGUACUGUAUAUAUUUUUAUCUAAUCCAAAACAUUUAACAUUUUUGUACUAAUUCUGUUCAGAAAUGGGAACUGGUUGAGAUGUGAUUUUUGUACAGUGUACAAUUAAUACUAUUUUAAUAAAUAUGAUGGUUUAGCAGUA